AUGAGAGACAUGGAAGAGUACAUCGUGUUUAUAGAGUUUUUAGAACUGUUUCAAAGUCAAUUAGUUGAGGACCCUAUAAGGGGUAGAAUGGAUGUGAUACAUCACAUUUUUUAUGAGAAGUUCCCUGAAACUAACGUACCAGACAUUGGUAAUUUUAUGAGCUAUGUGAAUGAAUUUAAUGAUCUAUGUGGCUAUGCCUUAGAGUUUGAGGGGUCAACUGUGGCCCCAGUACUCGUGAAUGUGGUGUGGGAUCGUGUUGAAUUGCUUGAGAAUGCUCUUGUGGGGACCCGCAACAAGCCUAAGAUCCAACAACAAUUGACGAGCGAACCAUCCAGUGAAAAUAAAGAAAAUAAACUUACAUUAUCUUUGAAGAAACUAUUGGAAGAACCAUUCGUUUCUGUGCUCCAAUUAUAUAGUAAAGGUUUUGACUUGUCGUACAAUAGACUUGAUGAAUUGCUAAAGGCAAAGACGUCUUUCAGUAUCUUGAUGACUGAGAAAAUUAAGUUAAAGACUGAAUUCAAAAAAGGCCCUGAAGUUUGUGAAGAUGCUAACCAUUGCAAUAUUCUCUCUAAUGCAAUAUUCAACAAAUCUGGACUCAAUGCUAAGAAUGCAAAUAUUGAACAAAAACAAGCCCAUACUUUACUUCAACAAAAUAAGCAUCUUCAAAGCACGGAUGCAUACAAGUGUUCACAAACAAAAGUUCACUUUCUUCCCAUAUUCAAUGCCAAUACAGAUUUGUAUUUAGGAGAUUGUUCUUACUUAGAUACCUGUCAUAAGUUGAAGAGCUGCCGGUAUUUGCAUUAUUUCACGCUUAAACCUAGUAACAACUUCCAACCAUUGCCAGCAAAUGAACGACUGCAAAGAAUAUCCUAUGUUGAUCAUGAUUUCACUAUAGGUGAUUGUUUCACGGAAUACACCAGAAAAUUAACUCCACCACAAUGGAUAAAUUGUGACAUUAGGGAAUUCCCAUUCCCUGUGUUGGGGAAAUUUGCAGCAAUUGUUGCUGAUCCUGCUUGGGAUAUUCAUAUGUCUUUACCAUAUGGAACUUGGAAAGAUUUGGAAUUAAUGCAUUUACCAAUGAAUGAGUUACAAGAUGAAGGAAUUAUAUUACUUUGGGUAACAGGAAGAUCUUUAGAGAUCGGUAGGAAAGCACUUACAACUUGGGGAUAUAAAAUUUCAGAUGAACUUAUUUGGGUUAAAUUAAAUCAAUUGAAAAGAACAAUCGUUACGGGAAGAACUGGACAUUGGUUAAAUCAUUCCAAAGAGCAUUUGCUUAUGGGUUUAAAGGGAAAUCCUGUUUGGGUGAAUCGUAAAGUUGAUGUUGAUGUUAUCGUGAGUGGCACUCGGGAAACUUCAAGGAAACCUGAUGAAGUUUAUGAUAUUGUUGAUAGAAUAGUUGGGAAAUAUGCUAGAAAGUUGGAGAUUUUUGGUAGGGAUCAUAACGUACGACCAGGUUGGUUUACAAUUGGUAAUCAAGUUACGGGAACAACUAUUUACGAACCUGAUGUUCAAAAAAGGUAUAAUGAGUACAAGGAAAGUCGCAACAAAUCUUAA